UUACACAGGAGUGCAUCCAUCUCGGUUGAAGGUGGCUUCGAGCAAGCGCCUAAAACAGAUGCGAGACAUUACCGUACGUGUUGCAGUUCUCUUCGUGUGCGGUCCUGGAGCGGGAAGCCUAUGCACGGACAGUAUCGUCGUCUCACUGAGCAACCGCCUGUGGACAUGAAAGAGACCUACGGAUGGCUAAAGGCAGCGAAUCUUCCUGCUGCAACUGAGGGACUGGUUGUUGCUGCUCAAGACCAAGCUCUUCGGACUCGGUACUAUGAGCGCAAGAUUCUACAUCGUGAUGUCAGUCCUACUUGCCGCAUGUGCAGUGUAGGCCUGGAGACAGUCGACCACAUUGUGGCAGGCUGUAGUGCUUUGGCACCGACGGACUACACUGAUCGACACAAUCAGGUGGCAUCCAUCAUUCACUGGGACGUUUGUCGCCAUUUUGGGGUUCCAGUGGAGAGCAGAUGGUACCGGCAUCAUCCUGAUAGGCUUGUGGAGACGGAUGACAUUACUAUGAUGUGGGAUACCACCAUCCCCACUGCCAGGAAGAUCAAAGCCAAUCGUCCAGACAUCUGUCUCAGAAAUAGGAAGACAAACACUUGUCUUCUUAUUGAUAUCAGCUGUCCUGCUGAUGGCAACAUUGGCAAGAAACAUGCUGAGAAGUUGGCGAAGUACAGCGACUUGCGAGUGGAGAUAAGCCGCAUGUGGCAUUGUCGAACACUGGUGGUUCCGGUGGUCUUGGGAGCUUUGGGCACAGUGCACGCAGGUAUUGCACGGUGGCUGGACAUUAUUCCAGGUCAUCACAACCUGCAGCACUUACAGAAAACAGUGCUUCUGGGAUCUACUCGGAUCCUUCGUAAAGUCAUGUCUUCUUUCUAGACAGCCGUGAUGGUCUAAGUACUUCUGAAGCAGGGUUUGCUUCCGGUACU